GCGAGAUCCCACUGAACCACCUGUGUGUGUUUUCGACUGCACAUGCGCGUGUUUGCAGUUCUUUAGGUACACGUGCACUUAGCGGUUUGACCAGAGAACAGCACGAGCUGGACGACUCGACAACUCACCUAUGUUACAGCUCUGCUAGUGUAUUUUUGGCGUAGCAUCUCUUCUACGAUUCUUUAAACGUCAGAUACAGACUCUAGUUCGAUCAGUGUAAAUUAAAAUAGUGUCCGGUGAGGAUAAGUCGUUGUCAAUCGUAUCUCGAUCAUUUAACAGGAUGAGCCCACUCGUAAUCGCGUUAGUGACACUAAAUAUAUCGUUCAUGGUAUAUCUAAUGGGAUAACGCAGUUUCGUUAUGGCUUUGACGAUGCAUUUUUACAAAUACCGUCGGUAAUGUAAAUUCUGCAGAAAUCUUUAAACGUGGCCGAGCAAUGGUAGGCGCCGUUACUUGAUUCGGAGUUUUUGGCGUCGCACCUUUCACAAGACCUUGGUACAGUCGAUUCAGAUUUCAUCCGUCGUUCAAAUACUGUUUGGAUAUUCGUUAUUGAAAUUCUGACAGUUCAAAGUUUGAUCUGCUUCUAUGAGUGUUAGUGGUUAUUCAUGGAGUGGAUUAAAAAACGCGGUGAACAAUAAAGACACUUCGUCGGUAUAUCCUCUUCAAAAUAUCAAGAUGGUAUUGGACCCCAAGGUCACGAGUCUGCAUAGUGAUUACGGAAGCUUCGAUCGACCAUUGGGCGCCGGUGAGGGCCACGAGAGGGACGUCGAGGCGGCGGUUGAUGGAAGCAGCAACGGGAUGGCACAGUCGAGCGACGUUUACCAACGGCAGCCGUUAUUACCUGGUGCACCUACCAAAGGGAAGGAUAAGUGGGCCGGCGUUGCAUCCGGCUCCGAUUAUUACGUGGACGACGAGGACGAGAAGAUCGACAGUCUUGGACGGCAUCCUGGCAUACCGAACGGCUCUGGGAAUGGCGUUGUUAAGCUCGACAUACCGGCUCCGCAUCGGGAGGAGCCUCGUUUCCCUAAAGAGAAGUGGAAAACGUUUCUUGCAUUUUUAUUUAUGUUCGUGAACUUCAUAUCGACCACUGCGUCCCUCGCGAUGGUGCACGAACGGGUCCCCGAUCGGAACACGUACGGCCCGCUUCCGGAUGUGGUGUUGGACAAUAUCGCCGCUCAGGAUUGGGCUCUCAACGUAUCGGAAGUUUUGAUUAUGAUACUGUCCAACUCAGCGAUGGUUUUUAUUAUUUUUCAUAAGCAUAGAUUUAUCGUUGUUAGGCGAAUAUUUCUCUUGAUGGGGCUACUGUACAUGAUGAGAAGCAUCACCAUGUACGUGACGGUACUGCCGGUGGCAAGCAAAACGUACUUUUGCAGCCCUAAAGCUAACAACACGAAUCCGCUUCUCGUUACCAAGAGGGUACUGCAGCUGAUUUCUGGCUUCGGCUUAUCUAUAAACGGCAAGCACACUUAUUGCGGGGAUUAUAUUUACAGCGGUCACACGGUCGUGCUUGUACUUAGUUACCUGAUUAUCAAGGAGUAUUCUCCGAGAAGAUGUCAACCGAUACAUUGGCUGGCUGGCAUUCUUGUUCUUGUUGGGAUAAUCAUGGUCUUGGUGGCUCACGGACAUUAUACCGUGGACGUCCUUAUAGCUUACUAUGUAACUACACGCUUAUGGUAUAUUUAUCAUACGUUAGCUAAUAAUUCGCAUCUUAAGCAAUACGAACCAAACAACUUUCUGGCCCGGCUCUGGUGGUUUCCUAUUUUUAAAUAUUUCGAGAAAAACGUGGGCGGCACGGUGCCACGACAAUACGACUGGCCUUUACCCUGGCCUCGACGAUUCCUUGCCAAGCACCCUAAUCGAGACAGUUAAUGUCUGUCUUUGGUUUCGCGAUAGAGGCUGUCAAACAACGGAGUUACUUUUGUUGUAAUUUUGUGUGUAUAUAUAUAUAUAAACAUAUAUGUAUACGUAUCUAGGCUUACAAUGUGAAGAUAAGAAAGCUUUACUAGAAAAGAAAAAAAGAAGUGGUACGAGAUGAGGAUGAUGCGUGUGGUGCAAGCUUUUGGUCAGCGUUUGCCUCGAGGCUCGACGAAAGUUUGCGGUCUUCACUUCCUUAAAACGAAACAAAAGAGAAAAAAAAAAUGCAAAAAAAAAGCAAAACAAAAAAAAAGUGUAAAACAUGAACGAUAGUGGAAGAAAAGAUGCUUGUAUCGUCAUGUUCGUUAUCGUCCAUACGCAAAACCUAUUUUCUUCUUGAUUUUGAUACGACAUAUACAUAAGAUGUAAGAAGAUAGAUAACGAUAGAUCGAAGUUUAGUCUCAGAAUGGAAUGAAAUUCACUUAGAGUGAGGUAUCCAAGAGUUACCAAGAAAUGUAGUGUAUAAAAUAAAUGCUAGAUAUCUCUAUUUUCAGAUACUCCGAAAUGUGAAAUACUUAGGUGUACAACAAACAAAUUUACGCUGUAUUACAUACGAGCGUGGAAACACUCAGAUGUCUUGUUGAAAAUGUAGUGUAUAACGACGAAGAGAGAAAUUUGUUUUUAUAACUCUCUCGUUUGAACAACGACACGGAUUGGAAAAAAAUUACCAAAAAAAAAAAAGAAAAAAAGAUACCGUGCUGCAAAGUUUAUUUUUCAAAUAGCGAAAUUUCGUUUGCAGCAAGACCUUCCUCUGACCGAUCUUUGGAGCGUCUUCUAAUCUUUCGACUUCCAAAAUACCAAGACGAUGUCGUUCUCUGAUAUUUGUUACACUGCGGCAUGCCUUAUUCCGAUGAAAGUCAAUCGAAUGAUGUGCAAUUUUUUAAUUGCUUCAAUUGGUCAAUUAUCGUUUCUCUAGCUUUAUCUCGUAGCAUUCCCUCGAAAUUGAUACCGUCUUAAACAAAUAUUUAUUUUUUCUUUUUUUAAUUUUUUUGUUUUAAGGAGAAACGCGUAUCGAAGUGAAUUGGCCCAUAGUUAGAAAUAAAACAAUUAAUCGUGCAAUUUCGUGGGACCAAAUCUAGAACAAUUGGAAAUGUAAUAUAAUUGAAUAGAGUAACGAGAGAGUGUGAUUGUUUCUUAGCAGCGACAAUAGACAACGCGCAUACUUAAUACGAACACGAAGAAUUAGUAUCAGAUGCCGGUGUUCUUCUAUUUUGUAAAAUACGGCUGACUGUUACACACUGAUGUGUAUCGCAUCGUAAUGUGUUCUUCUCUUUGACAGACUUUUCUUAUAUACGGUUAAACGUGGUGCCCCGUACUUUCGAAAUUCGUGUAAUUCCUCGGAAUAAGGUCGUCUUUACAUUCUACAUACACGAACAUAACACACACCAGAUGUUGUCACGCAUAUAAGCGAAGACGGAGACGCGAAUCGUGCGAAGAAAAACCAUUAGAAAUGAAAAUUAGAAAGAGAAUGAAAUAGAAAAUUAAAUGCAUUCUCCAAUUGUCGAUUCUUCGCACGAUUUUUUUCUUCCCCCGAUCUUCUAUCAUCUUGCUAUGAAACUCGCAACGAUAAUUAUUCAUUGUGAUUCUUGCCUGGUCGCGAGUUUUCAAUUUCAUCCUCAUUUUCUAUUCGAAUUAUAGUAGCACAAAACGCUUUCGAAAUCUUCGCUUAUCGAUCAUGCGAAGAACGUUUCAAUGAAUCUCAGUUUCUUUCGAAGAGAGGGAGGAUGGAGGAUAUGCAAAUAGAAUGCGAGCGAUUUAUGUAUCUUUCGAAACCGUGGAACGAUGUUUGUGAAAUCAUAUGCAUAGUUUAAGCGACGUUAACCACAGCGAUUUGUUGUGUUUCUUUUUCUGCACGCACGAUUUAUUGUUGAUAACUGGGUGCAGAUAUCUAAUUGGCUCAAGGAAACGUGCGUUCUUUUGAGUGGGCUCGACUUGUAAAUUAGCGAAAUAAAUCAAUGGAAAUCAAGAAAUCAGUCACGAUGGUGUCCAGUUUCUGGCUUUUCUUUUUCUUUCACGUAUUUGACGGUCGAACAACGAGAGAAGAUGAUGAACAGUAUGGAGAUGAACGCGGCAGCGAGGCGAAUAAAGAAAUGGAAUCCGUUGGCCCUUAUUACGUGUAAUUACGUCUCUUUCCGUCUGUGAUUAACGAAGAAACGAAGAGUCGUCGUUGCGCUAGUUUUCGUUCGUGAUACGAAACUAAAACGCGAUCGCUAAACGAUUCGAAUUGAUGUUGUGCCGAUCGAGGCCACCGAUAUUUCCUCUUAACCCUCUAUGGACCAUGUUGUGUUAAUCGACCUUGUUUUCUCUUCUCCCGACGGUACUAUAAAUAGUUGGUUCUUCGAAUGAUCAUUAUGAUUAGUAAUUUUAAGAAACAGUUUAUGGUACCUUUGUCGUUAAUAACGACACGAUAUUGUGCAUGAUCACACCUGUUGGACUGUAGGGGGUUAAAUGUUCAUAGAUGCGUGUAUCGAAUAUAUAUACAUAGAUAUGUAUACAAUAUAUAUUUUAAUAAGAAUUAAAUGUGGUUCGUAGCGAUAUAUCUCUUAAGUAACGCCUCAGCGUUCAAUGUUAUUCAAACGAAUCGUUCGGAUAUUAUUUUUCAAUGUGUGCAAUAGAUAUUGUACACCCGUAUCAUAGAAAAUCAUGCAGCGCGUGUGAUUAUUAUUGUCGUUGACAGAAGCCGCGAUAAAGCGUACGAAAGAGUCUAUGUACAUAUUUCGCGGAUAUACACGUGGCGUUAACGUUGUUUCUUUAUCUGAACAGAAACCCUAAGGAACGAGCGCCAUGCAAUAGUUUCUGACACGCUGCUGAAAGCGAGAUAUUAAUAACCGCGAUGAAACGCAGCCAAAAACGAUCGAGGAACCUUGUGCUAAAACGCGUUAACGCGCUAUGCACAUCGAUCUAUGCAUUUAUAUGGAUACUCGUCAGGAUGAACAAUAUUCUACACGCACAGGGCAAACUGGAAGGAUGUAUGCUUCUUUUGUGACCGGAAGGGCCUCGUUACAUAUUAUACAGAAAAAUAUACUCAGAGAUGAGAUACAAAGAGAUAAACAUAACGUAGAGAAAGUUUGUUGCGUUGUAUCGAGGAAGAAGAAGAGGAAAAAAGAAAGCAAAAUGAAUUGAAAAGCCGCGGCCCCUGAUGAACGUGCGCGCGCAAGCAACAUACUGUGUAUGUGUGUUUAUAUGUAUAUACAUAAUAUAUAUAUAUUUUUACUGUGUAGAUAUUUUUUGGUAAAUUGUUACAAUAAUCCUAUUAGAUCAGGUUAAGCGUAUAUAUAUAUACAUAUUACCAUAUUAUGUAAAUACAAAUACAAUAAUAGCUGAAGAGAAAGCUGCUUAUAAUCGCCGGGUUUCUCUCGUCGGGAACGAAUGAAUGUAAACGAAAUUUUGUUACCGUUUCAAUGAAACAUUCGACUCCAAUGAUUAUAUACUAUAUAUAUAUAUAUAUAGGCUUUCUCAAUGAUUCGCAUCGUGUUUCUUUCUCUGUGCCUGUACAACUUACGAAUAAUUGUUAUUCUCUCUCUGUAAAGAAAAAAAAAAAAGCGACUGUCUGCUGGCACGCGUGCGACUUGGUUUCCGUACAUCGUAUUUUGUACAUAGAAAAAUGGUUACUCUGUUAAAAAGUCUUCAACGAUUGUUUAUUGAUAGUAACGAGGGUUUUAAACGUCGAUAUUAAAUUGCGUCAGCGUGCAACAAUAUAAAGACAAACUGCAAGUUGUAUUCGAUUUUACUUUAUACUACUCUAUAUUUAUAAUAUUUAUUACGUUUUUUCAUAUGUUGGUGUAAUAAAGUUUAGGUAUACUUUGCAACACUCGCUUUACUGUAUAUCUUUCUGACCUACGCGAUGAAUGAUCAUCAUCUGCCUUUUGCCUCUUGUAAAUUUAUGUAUGAAAACGGACAAUUAUCGGCCUCUCCAUUUCCAUGAUUUCUUAAGUAAAAGUAUCGUGAGAACAA